UGGUAACAAAAAUCUUGCUUGAGGGAUAGUCAUUCAAGGAAAUUUCUGAAAUUGAAAAAAGUUGAUAAAUAAAAGGAAAAAUUAACUGAAAAACACAAUGGUUUCCCUCAAUCCAGUUAGAGUACUAAAUCAAAAUGCCGAAGAAGAAAGGGCAGAGAUUGCUCGUAUGAGCAGUUUUAUAGGAGCCAUCGCCAUUGGUGAUUUGGUCAAGAGCACUCUAGGACCAAAAGGUAUGGACAAAAUCUUGGUAUCAAGUGGCCGAAACGCUGGUUCCGUAGAAGUCACAAACGACGGCGCCACCAUCCUCAAAUCAGUAGGAAUUGAUAACCCAGCCGCUAAAGUCCUUGUAGACAUGUCCAAAGUGCAAGACGAUGAGGUUGGAGAUGGCACAACUUCUGUAACAGUUUUGGCAGCGGAACUGUUGAGAGAAGCUGAAAAGCUUGUCGAUCAAAAACUUCAUCCUCAAAUCAUUAUUGCAGGAUGGAGGAAGGCUUCUGAUAUUGCCAGAAAGGCUUUGGAAGACGCUUCAGAGGAUAACAGUGCUAGUUCAGAGAAAUUCCGCGAGGAUUUGAUGAAUAUUGCUCGUACAACUUUGAGCUCGAAAAUUCUUUCCCAACACAAAGAGCAUUUUGCUAACUUGGCAGUGGAUGCUAUUCUUAGAUUAAAAGGAUCUGGCAACUUACAAGCUGUUCAAAUUAUUAAAAAGUCUGGCGGUACUUUAGAAGAAUCGUUUUUGGAAGAAGGCUUCCUCUUGGACAAAAAACCAGGUGUUCAUCAACCAAAAAGAGUAGAGAAUGCUAAAAUUUUAAUUGCAAAUACACCUAUGGAUACUGAUAAGAUUAAAGUGUUUGGCUCGACAAUUAAGGUUGACUCUAUGGCCAAAAUUGCAGAACUAGAAUUAGCAGAAAAGGAGAAAAUGAAAGACAAAGUAAAUAAGAUUCUCAAACACAACGCUAACGUUUUUAUCAAUCGUCAAUUGAUUUACAAUUACCCAGAACAAUUGUUUGCUGAUGCUGGCGUUAUGGCAAUUGAACAUGCUGAUUUUGAUGGCAUUGAAAGAUUAGCAUUAGUUACUGGUGGUGAAAUAGUCUCCACUUUUGAUCAACCAGAAUCUGUAAAAUUAGGAACUUGUGAUCUCAUUGAACAAAUCAUGAUCGGUGAAGACAUUUUGUUGAGAUUUAGUGGUGUUGCCUUGGGAGAGGCUUGCUCUAUAGUUAUUCGUGGUGCAACGCAUCAAAUUAUUGAAGAAGCUGACAGAUCUCUCCAUGAUGCUUUAUGUGUCUUGGCCGCCACAGUUAAAGAACAUCGUGUAGUGUAUGGAGGAGGUUGCAGUGAAACUUUAAUGGCUGUUGCUGUUAGUAAAGCUGCUUUGAAUACGCCCGGGAAAGAAGCUGUUGCUAUGGAAGCUUUUGCCAGAGCUCUUCUACAACUGCCAACGAUUAUUGCUGACAAUGCUGGUUACGAUUCUGCGCAGCUUGUAGCGGAAUUAAGAGCAUCCCACAACAAUGGUAAUUCCUUUGAUGGUCUAAAUAUGGAAAAAGGCGAAAUUGGUGAUAUGCGUGCCCUAGGCAUCACAGAAUCGUUUGCAGUCAAAAGGCAGGUGCUUCUUUCAGCAUCAGAAGCAGCUGAAAUGAUUCUUCGUGUAGACAAUAUUAUUCGUGCUGCCCCAAGAAGGAGAGUCGAAGAUAGAGGUCACUGUUAAUUUUAGUUUUGUUUUUUGUCCACUCACAGUAAGUUUAUGGAGCUGCAAUUUAGUUCAAUUAAUCUUCGAUACAAUUACUUAACAAUGUAACUACUGAAAUAAACAAAAUUGUAGCUUUAUGAAUUUUUCAAUUAUUAUGGGCCAGGACAGGCAACCUCCUAUCACCAUUAAAACUUACAGAUAAGUUAAUUUUGUAUGGAAGUAUGUAUGUCAUCUUGUCUCUGUAUCUAGAGAAAGUUGUUUUAUAUUUUUUGAAAUAUUUUUUUCCUUUGCAUUUUUGUUCUAUUGUGCUUUAUUGGUUGCCUGUGAGCUGCACAUUUUUAAUUUUUGCAUAGCAUUCAUAUAUUUUUUACUAUAAACCCCACAUGUUUUUGUAUUAACGGCAGUACUAUUUAUAUAUGAAUAAAAAAUAACCCAAAAA